AUGGGCAACGUGAGUGGGAAGCUCGAGGAUGGGCCAACUUUGUAUUUAAGUGAUCAAUUUAGACUGUCAAUUGCAUCUCUGGUGAUUACAAAUGCGCGCCAGAGAAUUGUUUUGAAGAUUGGGCCAAACUCGUUCCCGUCCACGAAAAUUACCGCAAAGAAGGAUCUGGGCGAUGAGUCGUUGGUGGAGUUCGUACAGGAUCCGGACCCACAAUCUCAAACUCCGUUAUUAUUAAAGCUAUCCAAUGAAGACGACCUCUUCUUUAACUUCAAGUUUAACAUAAGGCAGCGAGGGGAUCCCGCCAAGGGAACAGUUGCCGACACAAACAUUAGUGGGCUGACGUUUGCUAUCGCAUCUAAUGGCAGAGAUCUCGAGAACCUUGUUACCCGGGAGUUCCACGCAGACCCGAACCUACACAAGAACCCUAAUGUCAACCUGAUAGGCGAUUUCUGCACCGAGGGUUCUAACUCAAUAGAGUUCGAGUGGAAGUGGAGGUGGAGACCCCCACAAGGCGCCGAGGAGCGGAGAGGUGUUGGGUGGAGGAACACUUGUAGUUUCUUGGAAUAUGACCAACGAGCACACAAGCUGUCGACCUUGGCCCAGUUUUCAUUUUGGGUCCAAAACGCACCAAGAUUCUGUCCCCCUUCGCCGCUACCUGGUUCGGAAUUCACCGUCGGUUUUCCGCCGAGGUUGCGAACUAUCUCUGGCAAUUCUCCAGAGUUCAGGGCUAACGAGAACUCGCCUGACGAGCCGCCAUCUCCGCUAAUAGAUACAUUCGAUGGCUCAACACUCGCCUCACUUACGCCUGCGCCUUCGGUCAAGGUAGAUAAUUGCCCGCGACCGGUAGACAGCGCGAUGGCGGAAGAUGGACCGCUGUUUAGGGCUACAAUCAAGAGUCUCGAGCAGAAAACUGGGACCCUGCGAACAAAGAUGAAGAAGGUGUUGAAGAGGGCGGAGCAGGCCCGUCAAGCACAGACGUUCUGCAAUGACGCGGUCAGCGGGUUUAUGGACGCUCUGCGGGACGCAGCUAGUUCAGGGAAUGCUUCUGGUAUUCAGCCGGCGUUGGAUCAUUACUUUGAGCGCACGUAUCGGGAGAUUUUGCUAUUUGAGAGGCAGAAUGAAGCAAGUCUUCAGAAAUUGAUUAUCGACCCUCUAACAAGGCUGUAUAACAUUGAUAUCAAGCAGGCAGAAGCCAAGAAGAAGGACUUUGAGGAGGAAAGUAGGGAUUAUUACAACUACGUCAGCAGGUACCUGGGUAUCCGAAACGACUCGGCAAAGGAGAAGAAGAAGCUCGACAGCGAGACAAAGUACCAGAGUAAACGCAAGAACUUUGAGCUGAAGAGAUUCGACUAUUGCACGUUCAUGCAGGAUUUGCAUGGUGGGAGGAAGGAGCAGGAGGUCCUUUCACAGCUUACUAAAUUCGCGGAUGCACAGGCAAAGAGCUAUCUAGCCACCGCCAAGAGAGUACAGGAGCUCAUGCCGCAGCUGGAAGCAUUGAGCUUCGAGGUGAAGGAGUCGGAGAAGGAGUUUCAGGUUCAGAGGACGGAGCGCGAGGAGCGAAGGCGGGUUUUGGAGAAGAGUGAUAAGAAUUAUACUGAGCCUGACAGUGUUCCCCCGUUUAUUCCACCUCCGGUGAUGACUACCUCUAACUCGCUUUAUUACGGAUCAACUCCCGGUGAUAUACUUGGUCACAAUAAGGGAUUUGAGAAAUUGGGUGUAGGUACCAGCAGUGUCAGGGCGGUGUCCUCCGGUAGCGAGACAGGGCCAGAGGGUAGCAUGUCUCCACCACAACCAGGGCAUGGUCAUGGACUUACAGCGAACUCCACGUCUUCACUACUGAGCUCUCCGAGCCAAAGCAGCAAGUUCAAAGGUAUACGAGAUCUUCAGGAGAAGGAGUACACUGGACUCGGAGUUACCAAUGGUGAAUCUGAGCGCCGUAAGGAGGGUCUACUCUGGGCCCUCAGUAGGCCCGGUAGUCAUGCGGACCCCAAAGGCCUAAACAAACAAGCAUGGCAUAAAUAUUGGGUGGUUCUGGCUGGAGGACAGCUAUAUGAAUAUUCAAACUGGAAGCAGAAGUUGGAUCUCCACAACGACCCCAUAAAUCUCAAGAUGGCAUCGGUACGCGAAGCACGGAAUUCGGAUAGACGCUUUUGCUUCGAAGUCGUCACGCCACAGUAUAAGCGUGUUUACCAGGCAACUUCAGAGGAUGAUAUGAACACCUGGAUAGGAGCUGUUAAUAAUGCAGUAAAGAGUACUAUUGAGGGUAGCGGGUCUGUACGGAAUUUCGACACCUCCCACGUCGAAAGCAACGACGGCCCCGAUAAGCUCAAGAAUAUUCAAACUGCACUGACCGGGAAGGCGCCGCAUUACCACCACUCGGUGCACGGCACCAACCCAAUGUCGUACUCUAAUUCUGCAAAUAAUAGUGUUUAUAGACGCACCACCGUUGGUGCAAGGCCGAUUAACCCGAGGCGUAAUAGUAGUAAUUUUGGUGAGGAUCCGGAGAAGCUGCUGCAGAUGGUGCGGGAGGCGGAUCCGUGCAACAGCAGCUGUGCGGAUUGUGGUAGUCAGGUCAAGACGGAGUGGGUUUCAAUCAAUUUGGGCAUAGUCUUGUGCAUAGAAUGCAGUGGUCUUCAUCGCUCCCUCGGAACCCACAUCUCGAAAGUUCGCUCACUCACACUCGACGUCACGUCGUUUACCCCGGACUUGAUUGAGCUUCUUUGCCAAAUCGGAAACAAGGUCUCAAACUCCGUCUGGGAGGCCAGGCUGGAUCCAAACCAGCGACCCGACCCUAGAUCGUCCAGAGAGACACGUCUUAAGUUUAUCACAUCGAAAUACGUUGAUCGUGCAUGGGUCCAGCCUCUUUCGCCGACACUCUCGCAGUUUGCGUCGCCAGAUGAAUCCGUUCUUGACGCUGUCAAGAGAAAUGAUAUUGCUGGCUGCCUCUAUGCGCUCGCUCUUCAUGGAAGCCCGAAUACUGUUGACCCAGCCACAUCGAUCCAUGCGAUAUUCCUCGCCCUCUUUGCGGCCGACCCGCAGUCUACCUCAAGCAACGAGCUAUCACCUGGCCCCUCCAGCCCCCCUCUCAACCCAGUAACAUUCCCCGUCGCCGAGCUUCUCUUGCAGAACGGCGGAGAGAUUCCCUUCCCCUACCAGCGGGCGGCCUAA